AGAUUCCAGUGAUUCAUCCAAACAUGAUGAUGUUUGGCAUAUUUUCAUAUUUCAAAAUUGUCUUGGCAACAGUUUUAUACAAUAGAGAUCCCCAUACACGUGCCAGCCUGGGGCAAAAACCAAAUAAGAGUCGGGUGAUUGAGUUUGGGCUCAUAUCCUGAGAUGAUUCUGAUCUCCCAAAGACAGAGGAUAUUCCAGCUGAGGUACCCAAAUGUGUUCCAAAUGUCACAGAAGAUCUAGCAGAACUGAAGACUAGAGAUGGGCUUCAUUAUUGUGAGCAGGACCAUCCUAAGGAGGGUUUGAGGCUGAGCCUAGACAUGAGAUCUCUCUUGCCCCAGCCCAACAUUUUUAUAUAUGUGAAUAUGGUUUAUUUUUAUUCUUAUGUUUUAAAGUUCAAAGUUUUACUCUGAAUUUGGACAAAUGAGUGAAUAUGGUUUAAAAGAUCAAGUACAGCUUAAAGUAAACACCAGGAACUAAUAGAUAUAAGUAUUAGAAGAAUUGUACACUUGUUCGUUCGUUCGUUCAUUCAUUCAUUCAUUCAAUAUUUAGCAUCCCAUAGAGCCUGGGCUUCAGUGGAGAAUAUGAGAUGAAUACACCUCUCAGCUCUCAAGAACAUGCAUUCUAUUUGGAUAAACAAUGUGUGAACAUAGCUUUGUGCAGAAUGUCCUGAGAGCCUAUAGAGGCUGUUGGAACAAGCAGGCUUACAUUUUUUGAGCAGAGAGAGGGAUGGCAAAGCUCAAAUUUGAUUGUGAGAAGAAGGAGGAGGUACUGAAAGCAGAGAGCAGAGUCAGUGCAAAGCCAUGAAGCUAUGAAAGAAACUGACAGGCUCAGAGUAUUGACAUAAGUCACGUGUGGUUGGAAAACAGAAUACAGGCAUGGGAGAUAAGGCUGCAGAGAGCAGGGACAGAUCAUAAGGAAUGUUACACAUGCCAAGGAGCUUGACACUUAAUGAAUAGAUAAUGAGAAACAAACCACAAGAAAGCUUUAAUUCCCAAAGUGCCACAAUCAUAUUUGCAUUUUUAAUAGAUCACUGAGAAAGCAGUGAGAACAAUUAUAAAAGGCAAGAGCAAAGGAAAGGGACUACUUGGAAGCCCAUAGUGAUAACUUGACACAAUAUGAAAGCAUUUUCAUUAUCAAAAAUUUAAAUAAUACAGAAGCUAUUCCAGGAACCAACACAUUAUCCUACUAAUGGAUACUUCAGUGAUUUCUAUUUUUUUAUUAUUAUUAACUAUGAAUAUGCUUGUACAGGGGUUCAGUAAAUUGCUUAUGAAAAAGAUUACUUCUAAAAAUGGUCUUUUAAAAACCUAGAUGCCAGGGGUGCCUGGCUGGCUCAGUCAGAAGAGCAUGCGACUCUGGAUAUUGGGGUCAUGAGUUCAAGCCCCUCAUUGGGUAUAGAGAUUUUUUUAAAUAAAUAAAAUUAAAACAACAACAACAAAACUAGGUAUGCCCAUCUUGUUGGCACAGCUAAAUAGAUUUUUGGAGCAUUAAGGGAUGGAUAAGAUAGUAAGAUAACUCUAAUAUUACUUUACAUCCAAUUAAUAUCAGCCAAAGCAUGACUGAGCCCAGGACUACAGAGAAAAAUACUAGUCCAUGAGAAUCCAAUCUGAGAUAAAGUAGGACUCUUCACAGCUCUUGUUCUGGACUGAAUGUUUUUGUCCCUGUAAAAUUCAUAUGUUGAAAGCCUGACUCCCAAUGUGACGGUAUCAGGAGGUAGGGUCUUUGGGAGGUGAUUAGGUCAUGAGGGUACAGCUCUCAUGAAUGGGAUUCAUGUUCUUAUAAAAGAGACUCCAGAGAUCUCUCUUGGCCCUUCUGCCAAGUGAGGACACGGUGAGAAGAUGGUUGCUUUUAUGAACCAGGAAGCAGGUUCUCACUGGACACUGAAUCUGCUAGUGCCUUGAUCUUGGACUUCUAGGGUCCAGAACUGUGAGAAAUAUAUGUUGUUUAAGCCACCCAUUCUGCCAUUUCCUCAUUGCAUCUGGGAGAGGAAGAUGGACCACCAGCAGCUCUACUGGAGCCAUCUGAGGAAAUUUGGCCAGGAUUCUCGUUCUUGCCUUGUCCACUCAAACCGGCACGGUCUGAUCUGGAAAUACAGCCUCAACAGGUGCUGCCAGUGUUUCCAUCAGUACUAAAAGGAUAUAGGCUUCAUUAAGUUGGAUUAAAUGACCUUCCUUGAAUGGAUCAUCCAAGAUACAUACUUUAAUUGCAGAUACCCAAGAUAUCCUACCUUAAUGCCAACUCAUUGUACAUAAAAUAAAAAUACUUCAAUUAUGA